AUGUCUCAUCCACAGCCUGCUCUUGAUGUCUUCUUCUACUUCCAGAAACAAGAACUCAAGCUCAGCUUCAAUUCGCCCAAUCAAGCAGCAUCCUACCAAAACCGCAAUCGAGAAUCCCGCAUCUUCGCCAACGAGCCCAGCGCCGUUUACCUCCCGCUAGCUCCGUCCAUGGUCUACCUGCGCGACAGUAGCAAAGGGCUUGUCAUUGGCUUCGCCAAAUCAGAGGAUGCCGAUCUGUGGUGUCGGACAUCUAUCCUGGGCCAGAAACACGGCCACUAUGAAGUGCACAUCGGCCGCGGAUGGACAGACGAGCAGCUGAACCAGGCCCUCCAGAUCCAGCAUCUGCCCUACGUCCCGAAAAGCAACAGCCGACCUCAGAGUAUACAAUCCAAUAUAGAGCCCACUCCGCCGUCGAGCUCAGGGUCGGACUCAAACUUGAAAGCCUCAUCCAGUAUUCAAGGGCUCCCGCUUUCCCAGGACGAAUCUCCGUCCUCCUGCCAGUCUUCUAGAACCUCGUAUAUACCGUCUGCACUUGCUAUUGGCUCAAGUAAGACUGCGCAAAGAUCAAAAUCUCCUGGUCGUGCUUUACCGCCCUCCUUGCUGCCUCAAGGAACGGCUACGCCUCGCUAUUCGGCCCAGGACGGGUUUCAAGCAUCGAUACCUUUUUAA